AUGAGCGCCCCUUCUUCCAAGAAGAAGGACGGCGGCAUUGUUCCCCCUCCUCCUCCGAGACAGAUCCGCUUUGUCGCAACCGACGGCCAACCGCAAACCAAACGCCGCCGAGUCAACGCCGCAUUCGAUGUUCCGGUGAACAACCAGGUAGGAUUGCGUGGAGAUCCCUUGGAUAUACAGCCUGCUCACGGGUUGGCCACAGUGUGCAAAACAUGCUCCGACUACAAACACGUCUGCCUCGGCUACAGCGAGUCCACCGCCCACCUACGAUCGCAAUCGGAUUCCGCAUCCCGCGCACCUCCCAUAGCUGCCGCCCUUCGCGCGCAACAUGAUCCGAACAGCCAGCGCGCCUCGCGCGCCAUCGAAAGCAGCUCCCCAGAUCCUGCACCGAUAUUCAUGCCUCCAAUGACCCUUGACAAGUCACCCCGGAUAUCGAGUAAAGCGGAACUGAAGAACCUCUCCGGGGAUACUUUGCUGCGCACGAACAAGGAGUCGGAUUCCCAAGCGGCGGAAGACAGUCCAGAGAGUAGUCGCACUUCGAUGAGCUCCAGCAAUCGCACUCAUGUUCCUUAUUUUCGAUAUUUCGGACCUACCGCCAUUGUCCCCGGUUUCAAACAGAUGGUCGUCCAGGUUCGGGGUUCCCGCAAGAGCAAUGCAUCAUUGUCCUCCGAGUCGCUUUCCCCUUUGCGGAGCCCUAAAGUGUCGGAUACGGUGGUAGCACCUGUGGGCGGUGUAACAGACACUAAUGAAAGCCGCGAUGCCAAUACGAUCCCAUUCUACGACAGUGAUGAUGCCCUUCCUGUCUCGAAUCUGGUCUCCCAUCUCUGUGAUCUUUUCUUCGCUCAUCUUGGAUGUAACUUCCCCUUCCUACAACGGGAGAGGUUCCUCCAAGACCUCAAAGACAAGAGAGUCGAUACCAUGCUUGUGGAUGCGGUCUGUUCCUUGGCUGCCCGAUUUUCGCCUCAUCCAUUACUCGGUCCCCCGCAAGCUCAACCUAUUGAUCGAUCUCAGCCGCCGCCUGAUAUCAACAAAUGGGACCGCGGUCAACCUUUUGCCCACCGAGCGAUGAGCGCACUCGUGGAUUCUUUGUCAUGUCCAACUCUAUCUGCCGUUCAAUCAUGCUUGUUGCUGGCUUAUGAACAGUUCGGAUCCAACCAUGACAGUGGCCUGUGGAUGUAUCUGGGCAUCUCAAUCCGGAUGGCCCAAGAUCUUGGAUUGCAAAAAUUUCAAGGAUUAAAACACAAUUAUGGCUUGAGCGGCGUAACACCAAGCGAAGUUAUGACGGGACAGGCCGGGAAACUGAGAGAAGAUCAGUACGAUGACUUCGAGGCUUCCCAAAAUGCAGCAACGAGACCUCCUCCUGUGGAUACUGAGCGCGCCAGAGAGCGGGAACGAGUGGACUCCUUUUGGAGCAUUUUCUUCCUCGAUCGAGUCAUUUCGUCGGGGACUGGACGACCCGUAACGCUACGAGACGAGGAUAUCGAGUUACGCUUUCCCUUGCAGUCCGAAUCACAGCUUCCAAACGGAUGGCCUGCACCCUUUCCGCCCUUGAUUCGUAUAAUCCAUCUCUACGGUCGAGUGACGGAUCUCAUCAACGGCAUUCAGGAUGUCAAUCACGUAACAUCGGACACGCUCAAAAGGCUGGCAGGGAUGGAAAGCGAUCUGACCGGUAUCUACCAGCGUCUGUCGCCGAAGCUUCAUUUCAAUGCAGCCAACUUCCAAGCCUAUGUCAAGGCGAAAGAGGGGACUAACUUUAUUCUUCUGCACUUUUGGUUCCACACGCUUAUUGUCCUCCUUCACCAGCCGACGUUGUUGAACUCGUUUGGUGGUUCUAUCCAACACUUGUAUCCAAACAGUCGCGAGCUGUCGAUGUCUUCCGCCAAAACCAUCGCCGAUAUCUUGUCCUUUUCGGAACUAGUGGAUGGGAAAAGUUUCAUUGGCAAUCCUUUUACCAGUCAGCCCAUGUACAUUGCAGCGUGCGCUUUUCUCAUGGAGAGUGCCUACUAUUCGUCGCCUUCCUCAAGAUCGGGCUCACCGCCGCCCCAACCGUUGUUGGCCAACCAAUCCAGUGGCUUUGUCAUGCCAACCAUGGAGUCGUCGUCAAAUGGGACGGAACGAAAAUCCACAGCCAAGCACAUUUUGCUGGCCUCUGCCGCCAAAGAGAAUUACCAACGAUGCUACAAGGCGCUCAAGGCUUUGAAUACAUACUGGGAGGGAACCCGGUACAUCUUGACCGUGCUCGACCAAAAAGCCAAAGGUAGCGUUGAUCCCCUCCUUUACACGGCGGAGGAUAUGGAGAACGCCUCGGAGGACGCUCCUGUCCAGCCCUUCCCUCCGACUAGUUGGCGCCAGGCCAAGACUCCAGGGGAUGCCGGAGUGGCUGACAUUUCGACCGAUGGGAAAUGGUCACCGAAGAUCGACCCCAGUCAGGCAAUUGGAUGGGCCCUCACGGGAGCCACAAAUUCUUCCCAACCCAAUCUGAGUGUGCUGUAUCAGAUGCCUAACACUCAGGUUGAGUCCCCAUCCAACAAGCCAACAUUUUCAUCGCAAUAUAGCCACACUUAUCCGUCAUUGCCGGUGCAGUCAAAUGCCGGGGAAGGGUCGAGCACUUCCUAUCCACGGACUAUCACUUCUCGCACUCAAGACGAAGUCAGGACCCCACUUUGCACCGCAGAUGCAAAGUACACCCAAGUUUCAUCCGGCCCGAUGAACAACACAGACUCGACAUACUACCUCGGCAUGAAUCAAUCCUACCCGGAAUCAGGCUCUCGCACGUCUGCCGCAGCACAGUCACCCUACAACCAGCCUCUACCAUCCUCUGGCCAGACACCAGCCUAUAAUUACCCAUUACCUUCAGCCGCCAGCCAACAACCCGGCAGCAGCCACAUGGGACCAAGAGGAACCGAACUCCACCAUCCAAACAUGAGUUCGCACGCAGGAGGCAUGAUGAUCGAAAGCCACGAGGUGGAUGUCAACGCCCUCCAACACCCCGACGCCUUCCCUUUCUCCAACGGCGAAAUUCUGCCAUGGCUCGAGUACCUGCCGCAGGACGUGCUCAGCUUUUUUGAGGAGCACCAGAAUUAUCCAAUGAUGAGCCCUGACAAUUCCACGCCCCGGAACGCUCCGUGA